GGAGGGGCCUUGGGAGGGAGAGCGCAGGGGUAGAGCGGGCCCGGGCUCUCGUCGGAUUUGGGUAAUCGGUUAUGCUUUUGACGAUAAUAAAUAUGUUAAACAUGUGAUUUUAAUUUUCAAUAUCGGCUUCAUAUUAUAGAAGGCAAAAUCCUAGUCUACUAAAAUACAACACAACAGAGUCCCAUGCAGACACUAAUUGUGAUUUGUGAUAUGUGAAAUAAUAAAUCGGCAGAAAUAGGACAAUACCUUCUUAUCCUGUUAGCAGUUGAGCCGCAUUCAUCAAGGAAUGAAGUCCUGCCUGACAGUCUUGAGCUCUGACUGUGGGACUUCGAGAUUGACCUUCAUUCUGCUCAUCUUGAGCCAUAUUCUGAAAUAAAUAAAUUGUGUCAGUUCGCAGCCAAACAGAUGUAUACCUACUUCUUAUCCACAGACAAAUGGAAAAGCAGAGGGAGAUACCAUGGGAAAGAGAGAGAGAGAGAGAGAGAGAGAGAGAGAGAGAGAGAGAGAGAGAGAGAGAGAGAGAGAGAGAGAGAGAGAGAGAGAGAGAGAGAGAGAGGCAAGAGAGAAACCAGGCAGACUAAUUAUAACUAGCUGGUAGAUACAUAGCAAAAGUUGAAAAGGUACAGUCAAAAUUAUUCAUGUAAGUAGCAUGUUUACAAACGCACACAUAGCCACCAGUGGUGGAGUGACAGAAUGAGAAUCAGGGCCGAGGGCUCCUCCUUUCCAUCCAUAACGCCACGCUACACGGAUAAUAUUUAUGUAACCACACCUAAAAGGCAUUUAAUAUCACUGAUGUUAUUGCUAAGAAAAAUUUGGAGCAAGUAUCACUUGUACUUACCAACAAGACGUCACACGCAGCACAGACACGACCUCCCUGGAUCGCACAAAGAUGGCGACUGAGGCCCACGCGGCGCUGCAUUUGGCGCGAAACUGAACCGAGUAAGUUAACAACCCACAGUGUUAAUUGGUGUUAAUGUCCCUCAAGAUCGCGGCCCAAAUAACCCCAUUCGGGUUUUUAAACUCGACGCAGAGGGGUAAAACACGGCAACGUGUCAUUCAACACGGUAGAACCGUGCGCAAAGAUGCUUCCACAAAAUCGUAUUCGUGUUUCGGAACACAGUGUCCGCCAAUUGCGGGUAUGAAUACAUGGCGAUUACUCGAACAGUGUCAUUGUACAUGGGGAUUCCGAGCUAGUUCAUCCUGAUUUGGACUAACCGUGUUUUGCUUCGCAAUAAGGUUUAAAUUACUCGAUAAAUACGGAUUCAUUAGCAAGUUAGUUGUUUGAACACAUCGUUAAAGUGAGUCAGAAAACUCAAACUGUGCUAACAUUUUUUACAGUGUAUGCAGUGCCUAGUGGGUGCCUACCUACAUGCCAACUUUCAGCGCAAUCGGCCAAGUAGUUACCGAGAUAUUGCAACAAUUACAAAACUGACACCUCUUCGUUUUGCACGUGGCACGUGCAUAAGGGGUCACCCACAUGCAUCGGGAAUAGUCCAAUACUUGGUAGAAGGAAUGAAGCUACCCUACAAAAAUUACCGCGUGUAAAUCGGUCAAGUGGUUGCUGAGAUAUAGGUAAGCCUCGCAAAAGCGUCCGCACGGCCGGCCGGCCGCUCAUACUUAGAAAUUUCGGGAAGGAAAGACUACGCUCGCUUCGCUCGCUCCGUAAUAAAUCUAAUUCAAUAUAAACCUAAUUCAAUAUACCCUGCCAAUAAAUUACCAUUUUGAAUCAUAUUCCUUUCAUCUGAAGCGUGCUUUUUAUUAAGAGGAAGAUGACUAGAUAAGAUAGGAAGAGGAUGAGCGAUUGACAAACGUGCAGUAGACGUCCAUGACAAAUAUACCUACCGGUUAAUAGGUAUCGACAUUGCGAGGUUCAGAAAAGUCAAAAAUAGUCUCACAGCAAAGUUGCAGUUGCUCCAUGAGUCGACACUCUUCGGCGUCCACUCCCUUAGCUCGUGAAUUGUUUCCGUCGCCCAAGGGACGCAGCUGACGCCGACCCAGGCGAUAAGAACUUCACAGUCAUGCCUGGCCCCCGUGUCGCUAGACGUCUUCUACAGUAUAAAACGGUCGGCAGAAAAUCGGGUUCGUCACUUGUUCGUCUACCAGGUCAUCCCAGUCGUCCACCAUGCGCGCCGCCAUUCUCGUGCUGCUCGUUGGAGCAGCCUCCUCCUUCGUGGAGCAGUCCGAGUGGAACAACUUCAAGCUGAAGCAUGCCAAGUCCUACGCCAACCCCAUCGAGGAGUUCUACAGGAUGAAGGUGUACGCCGACAACAAGGCCUACAUCGAGCAGCACAUGAAGGAGCACGCCGAGGGCAAGCACACCUUCACCGUGGCGCUCAACAAGUUCGCCGACCUGACCACCGAGGAGUGGAGCAGCCAGUACAAGGGUCUCAAGAUGGGCAGCACCACUCCCCACAAGACCCACCAGGUGACCGGCAAGGCUCUGCCGAGCAGCCAGGACUGGCGUCAGUCGGGUGCCGUGACCCCUGUCAAGGACCAGGGCCAGUGCGGCUCGUGCUGGUCGUUCUCUGCCACCGGCUCCCUGGAGGGCGCCUGGGUCAUCGCCGGUAACUCGCUGACAUCGCUGAGCGAGCAGCAGAUUAUGGACUGCUCGUGGGCCUACGGCAACCAGGGCUGCAACGGCGGCUGGAUGGACCAGGCCUUCGAUUACAUCAAGGCUAACGGCGGCGUCCAGACUGAGGCCUCCUACCCGUACACGGCCGCCGACGGCACAUGCCAGGCCACGCCGCCGUACGCCGCCACCGUGUCCGGAUACACGGACAUCGCCGGCGGCGACGAGGACGCGCUGGCCGACGCCGUCGCCAACGUCGGCCCCGUGGCCGUGGCCAUCGACGCCUCGCACAUCUCGUUCCAGUUCUACUCAGGCGGCAUCUACAACGAGUCGCGCUGCUUCCACUACCUGCUCGACCACGGCGUGCUGGCGGUCGGCUACGGUGACGGCUACUGGCUCGUCAAGAACUCGUGGGGCACCAGCUGGGGCGACAGCGGCUACAUCAAGAUGACCCGCGACGGCAGCAACCAGUGCGGCAUCGCCACCCAGGCCUCCUACCCGUCCGUCUAGACUCUGGCUAGUCGGCUUGUCACAGUCUUGGUCAAUAUUUGGCUGUAUGUCCAUUGUCCAUGUCUGAACUACUGUCUGAACGUCCUUUCUUUUCUGGUCCACCGGCCUACGUGUCGGCUCACUGGUCGCUGAUCUGAUUCUGGUUAACGUCUGGUACAAAUAAAUGCCCUACUAAGUAA